GGCAUCUUAAUGUAAAGGAGAUACGCCAGUCUCUGCUUUGUGGUGUGGUGUCUUCGUGUAAGGAGAAACACCAUGGCUAGUUUAUGCUACUUUGGUACUCUGUUAUGAACGGUGCAGAACUAAGGCAAGGCAGUGGCAGUCUUAACAAGAUAUAUAUAUGCAUGGAGACAAAUUGGAUGAUGCUGUUGGAGUUGCAUUCCCCGAUACUCUGUGGGUAAUGGCGGUCCUAUCAGUUGUUUCAUAUGCUUUCACUUUUCAUUUUGAUUACCUGGAUCUGUCAUUUCAGCUUCGUGAAAAGAAGACGUUUAAGUGACUGCGGCUGUCGUUUGUGAAAUGACAGGAAAUUUUGUAAAUAUUAAAAGUUACAAAUUGGACUAACAACUCACAUUUUUCUUCUCCCUUUUUUUCAAAAAAGAAAAGAAAAAGAAGAAGAAAGAAACCACCUUUUUAUGAUGGGCAACAUAAUUAAAUCCUUCACUUCUGGUUUCACUAAUACCAUAAGCGAUCUUUUUACUUCUCCACUUGAUUUUCUUUCAGGGAAAUCUUGCAGUUCAGUUUGUGGAUCAACAUGGGAUUUUGUUUGUUACAUCGAAAAUUUCUGCGUUGCCAAUCUAUUGAAGUUGGCCAUGGUGCUGGCUCUACUCUACAUCGUUCUCCUACUCAUCUAUCUUUUGUAUAAACUGAGAAUCUUCGAAUGCGUUGGCCAUAGCCUGUGCAAACUGGCAUGGGCAUGCAUGGUCUGUUGGAUCUCUUUGUGGAAAAACUGCUGCUUCUUCUUGCGUGAUAGUCUUAUAAUGCUCAAAAGGGUAAGCCAUCAUCACAGAAGGGACUCAAGUGAGUUUGACACAAGUGAAGACGACUGCUAUGACUAUGAACAUAGAACAAUGGAUGUGAGCAGUAGGCCACUAUCUCGUCAGAUGAUGGAUUACCGGACAGCUCAUUUGAGGAGAUCUUUAAGGCCAAAAAGUCAUCGGAUUCGAGUCGGGUUAAGUACAGGAUCAGAGCAUGGUUAUGGAAGAUAUCAUCAUAUUAAACAUGCAAAUCAUGGUAGCACAGUGAACAAUAUUAGGGUGAUUCAAUCAUCAAAGUUCGUACGGAAAGGCAUAAAUCAUAGGCGAAAGGGUCAUUCAAGAGAAAGGUGGUGAACAUUUAGUGAAUGACUUAGUAAGGAAAUAAACUUUACAUUCUUCUUCCAUAUUUGAAUUAUCUGCUGCACUAGUUUUCUUAUUCUAUAUCACAAAAAGAAACAAAAGAAGUAUAAAUCUCUUUUUGUCUUCAUCAAUUUGUAUAGUAGCCAUCAAGAACUCAAGUAAGCAUAGCCACGGAAACUUCAAAUUCCUCUCCUUUCUCUAUCCUGUAAGAAAAACAGUUUCUGUACGUUAUAUAAGGACUGAUGUCUAGUUUCAAUGUAUCCAAAAAAGAAUGUUGUUUUUAAA